UUACUUAAGUGGUGUGUGCUGCCUGAUGGGGAGUAUAGAUGGAAGCAGAAUCAUAGACCAGGUUCUAGAUCAUCACAUAUCUUACUUUGAAAUUCAAAGAGCAAAGAACUGAAAGAGCUACCUAGACUUAGAUACCAUUGUCGGCCUUAGAACGGAUGUAGGGAUUAUCUUCUAUUAACCAAAGUAACCACCAGUCACGGGUUAUUUGGACUUUCCCAGUUUUAAAGAUGUUGUCAUCAAAUUAUUGAAAUAUGCCAUGAAUUCUGACAUUAAAUGACAUUAUCCAGAUGGACUCUAGGAAAACUUUUUGAGGUAGGGUGGACCUGUGUUGAUUCAUUUAUUCCUGGGGUUAUCAUGGCUGAAAAUGACAUAGACAGAAAACAGACUGAGCAGCUCCUAAAAAGAGUGCAAGAACUGGAGGAAGAGGUGCAAAGGCUUAAAAAGGAACAGACCAACAAUAAGAACUCAAACACUGGAGAAGAUUCUUCUGGAGCUGGAAAAGCUAAGCGUGCAUUUGAUUUUAGUGCUCAUGGCCGAAGACAUGUAGCCCUGAGGAUAGCCUAUCUAGGCUGGGGAUACCAGGGCUUUGCCAGUCAGGAAAACACAAACAAUACCAUUGAAGAGAAACUGUUUGAGGCUCUUAUCAAGACUCGACUAGUAGAAAGCAGACAGACAUCCAACUAUCACCGGUGUGGGCGAACAGACAAAGGAGUUAGUGCCUUUGGACAGGUGAUUUCUCUUGACCUUCGUUCUCACUUUCCAAGGGACUGGAAUUCAGAGAAUUUGCAAGAGGAAGUCAAUGAUGCUACUAAAGAAAUUCGUUAUACCCACAUUCUUAAUCGGGUGCUCCCUCCGGACAUCCGUAUACUGGCCUGGGCCCCUGUAGAACCGAGCUUCAGUGCCAGGUUCAGCUGUCUUGAACGGACUUACCGCUACUUUUUCCCUCGUGCAGAUUUAGAUAUUGCAGCCAUGAACUAUGCAGCUCAGAAGUUUGUCGGCACACAUGAUUUCAGGAACUUGUGUAAAAUGGAUGUAGCCAAUGGAGUGAUUAAUUUUCAGAGGACGGUUGUGUGUGCGCAAGUACUGCUAGUGGGCCAAAGCCUAGGCGAGGAGAGAGGGCAAGAACCUUUCCAGUUAUGUCAGUUUGAAGUGACUGGUCAGGCAUUCCUUUAUCAUCAAGUCCGCUGCAUGAUGGCCAUUCUCUUUCUGAUUGGCCAAGGAAUGGAGAAACCAGAGAUUAUUGAUGAGUUGCUAAACAUAGAGAAAAAUCCCCAGAAGCCUCAAUACAGUAUGGCUGUAGAAUUUCCUCUAGUCUUAUAUGACUGCAAGUUUGAAAAUAUCAAGUGGAUCUAUGACCAGGAGGUUCAGGAGUUCAAUAUUACUCACCUACAACAACUAUGGGCUAAUCAUGCUGUUAAAACUCACAUGUUGUACAGUAUGCUUCAAGGACUGGACUCAGUUGCAGUACUGUGUGGGACAGGACCAAAGGUGGAUGGAGUGAUAGAGUGGAGAAAUGUUAAGCCCUGUGUCAUAAAGCAGACCAGUGCCUUUGUAGAAGGAAUGAAAAUGCGCACAUAUAAGCCUCUAAUGGAUCGUCCCAAAUGCCAAGGACUGGAAUCCCGGAUCCAGCAUUUUGUACGCAGGGGACGCAUCGAUCAUCCACUUCCAUUCCAUGAGGAAGAAAUCAAAGCCAAAAGAGACUGUAAUGACACACUAGAAGGAGAAAAUACUAUUUUGGACAAACCAACGAAGAGGAUCUGUGUUGAUACGGAAAUGAAAAGAAUCACUUAAACAUAGAAAACUCACUAGGGUUUAGGAAGGCACAACCAGCUAGUGGUAGGUGGGCAGAAAGGAAAUAUAAAAAAAAGUUUACUGUAAAGAAAUCCUGGAAACUCAGAUGAUCAGGUAUUAAAAAAAAAAAAAAAAAGACUAAAGGAAGUUCUUAACAAGAAAGAAUUCAAACAAUUCUGUCAUCCUUGUCCUAAAGGAUUAAAAUCAAGAUGGAAGAAGCAAGAAGCAUACAAUGCUAAACACAAUGAUAUAUUUAGGUACACCCUAGAAACCUGUGCCUUAUAUUCAAAUUUAUUAAAGCCUGACCUGCAAGUGUCAA